AUGACAGCGAUCGACUCUGAAUUGUCUGUAGUCGUACUGCCAGCAGCAGUUCCACUCGCCUCUACCACAACAAGUUGCGACGAAAGCAAUGAAAACACAACGAUUAUCGUUAAUAAACCAUUUUUGUUGAUAAAGUUAAAACUGUGUAAUUAUAUUAUAAAUAUAGAUUUAAAAACACCACCAAUCAACUUUUAA